AUGGUUUCCAAGUUCACCCCAGAGCCCACAGAUGCGACUUGCGUCGCAACAAUUCGUACCCUUGCUGCCGAUGUGGUAGGCAAGGCGAACUCUGGUCAUCCUGGCGCUCCCAUGGGCAUGGCUCCUGCGGCCCACGUACUCUUCACGAGGCAAGCGGUCAAGUUCUUCAAUGCCAAUCCUGCAAGCUCCAAGUGGUUUAACCGUGAUCGUUUUGUCUUGUCCAAUGGUUGCGCAUUGCAAUACAUUCUUCUCCAUCUUCUCGGAUACAAAUUAUCCAUGGAUGAUCUCAAAGCCUUCCGCCAGAUUGACUCGCUCACUCCUGGUCAUCCAGAAGCGAAUCAUACGGAUGGCAUCGAGGUCACUACUGGCCCCCUUGGCCAGGGAUUUGCCAAUGGCGUCGGCCUUGCCAUCGCUCAGACCCAUCUAGGCGCCGUUUAUAACCGUGAAAAUUUCGACCUCAUCAACAACUACACCUACGUCUUUACCGGUGAUGGUUGUCUCAUGGAAGGUGUUUCCAGCGAAGCAGCGUCACUCGCCGGUCACCUGAAACUGGGAAACCUGAUUGUCAUAUAUGACGACAAUCACAUCUCUAUUGACGGUGACACUGCGGUCGCUUUUACUGAAAAUGUCGAACAGAGGUUCCUUGCAUAUGGCUGGCAGGUUCUACAUGUCGAUGACGGUGACAAUGACCUUGCUGCCAUCUACGAUGCCAUCGCCGCCGCUCGAGAGGAAAAAGGGAAGCCAACCAUCAUCUGCUUGCGGACCACCAUCGGUUACGGAUCGAAGCAGCAGGGUACACAUGGUGUCCACGGCUCUCCGUUGAAGGCUGAUGACAUCCAAGCUCUGAAAAGCAAAUGUGGUUUCCCUUCAGAUCAAUCUUUCUACGUGCCGUCGGAAACUUAUGCCACUUAUCGAGCGGCAGCCCGUCGGGGUGCUCAGCUUGAAGUGGCUUGGGAGUCGCUUUUCGCGAAAUAUGCGAAUGUCUAUCCAAAGGAACACGCCGAGCUUGCCCGGCGCAUCGCAGGGAAACUUCCUGAUGGAUGGGAGCAGCGACUUCCGACCUACAAGCCGACAGACCCCGCUCAAGCCUCCCGUAAAUUGUCUGAGAUCACCCUGUCGGCGCUCUAUCCAGCUCUGCCCGAGCUGUUGGGGGGUUCUGCGGACUUGACUGGAAGUAACCUCACCAGAGUCAAAGGAAGCGUUGACUUCCAGCCUCCUGACACUGGUCUUGGAGACUACGCGGGACGCUACAUUCGUUAUGGAGUUCGGGAACACGGUAUGGGUGCCAUCGCAAACGGCUUGUCAGCGUACGGCGCUAUCAUACCUUACGUGGGUACCUUCUUGAACUUCGUAUCCUAUGCCGCCGGUGCUGUCCGACUGUCGGCUCUGAGCAAGCAUCAGCUUAUCUGGGUCGCUACGCACGAUUCAAUUGGUCUCGGCGAGGAUGGGCCCACCCACCAACCUAUUGAAACUGCUGCACAUCUCCGUGCAAUUCCCAACCUUGAUUUCUGGCGACCAGCUGACGGUAACGAAACUUCGGCGGCUUAUCUCGUUGCAAUCAAGAGCAAAGCGACCCCGUCUGUCAUCUCUCUCUCGCGUCAGAACCUUCCGAACCUUGAAGAUUCCACCAUCGAACGCGCUGCCCGCGGUGGCUAUGUCCUUUACGAUGUGGAAGGUGAAGACUUGACCAUCGUCAGCAGCGGUAGCGAAGUUGCCAUAGCUCUCGAGGCUGCGAGCAAACUCAAGGCAGAGGGAGUCAAAGUUAGAAUUGUGAGCCUACCGUGUUGGUCCGUAUUCGACAAGCAGGACAAGGAGUACAAAAUGAGCGUCCUGAGGAGCGGAGCUCCGAUUUUGUCUUUGGAGGCGUUGUCGACUCUUGGGUGGCAAAAGUACAGUCACGAGCAAUACGGCCUCGAAGGGUGGGGAGCAUCGGGACCAUAUCAGAAGGUGUACGAAAAAUUCGGUAUAACCGGCACGAAUAUCGCGGCAGUCAGUAAAAGGGUCAUCGCCUUUUACAAACAGAAAGGUGGCGAGGUCAUUUCUCCGCUAGUCAAGGCCCUUGAAUGA